GUGUGUGUGUGUGUGUGUGUGUGUAUGGCUGUAUAUGUGUAUGCCUGUAUGUAGGUGUGAGUGUGUGUGUGAUUGACUGGCCUGAUUUACUACUUCACAAUGCUUUCCAUCCAACCGGUAGGGCUACUUUGUGUCAAAUUACAGCACAGAACAUCUUCCCACUGUAAUAUUCAUGGGACCUCCGUGCACAAGGUGAAACCAACCUCUCUAACAUGCCAAAGUACUGAGGCUUGAGGCCUGUUAGACUGCUGGUGGAUGGGCUCUUUUUUUAGAACUCUACUUGACUCCAUAUCAUCUGUUCCAAGGUGCUGCUAUUUUGGCCCUGGUACAGUUGAUAGUGGAUGGCAACAUUGUGGUCAAAUACAAGUAGUUAGAUAGAUUGUCAUAGUCUUUUUAUCAUCAACUUUAGCCAUGGCAAGUCUCGUUGUACCAGAUUCACUGCCUGUUCAACGUUAUGUCAGCAUGAAGAGCUCUUUCAGCUCUGAUUAUGUUCAGUAGGUAUCAAUGAUAUGGAGCAUUAGACACAACAUGCAACUCAUCCUUCUCAAGUAACUGGUGCUCUGAUGUUGUGUGCCUUUCUGCCAAUGUCACAAAAACCAAAAUACUUGUACUAGUGUUCUGGGAUGCGUACCAUGAAUGAGUGAUUUACUAAUAGGCUUUAAGAAUACAAAAGAAUUAUGAUUCCCCAGUGUCAGGGGGAAAGGUGCUUAUUGUCGCUCGACCUAGAAUGUUUCAUUUAAGUCAUUUAAUAUCCAUACAUAAUUUUGUUUUUAUAUAUAUCAUCUGUAUUAUGUUUAAACAACGUGUUAUUAGGCAACCAUUGCAUUUGUUUUUGCACCAUGUUGAACUUGACUCAAGAAGACAGUCGUAGAACACAAAUUUCUGUAACAAUCUUUUUUCAUUUUAGCUUUCAGUAGUUCAUGCAUAUAGUCACUGUGGAGUUACUGUACAACAAUUUUUUAAUAAUGUGUGGUUUUUGUGUGUUUGUUUUGCCCCCUAAAAUAUUGUGAUCAUGUUACGUUAUGUGUACUUUAUUUACAUUUCUGUCUGAGAUUCGCCUAUUAAUCAUAUAUGUCAUGUCGUACAAAGGUAAUUUACCACAUUUGGCUGGUGGGAUGACUGUUGUUAGACCCAAACCGAAAUAACGAAUGAGCUUUAGUUUUUUAAUGCCCAGUGCUGUAUCCAUUUGAACUGCCUGUGAGCCCCUAACAGUCGUCCCCUCCCACUGUGCCGUGAAAUUUACGUUUUUUAUUUAAUGGGAAUGGUGGAGGCAUUGCACUUUUUCCACGACGCACAUUUGACUAGUUUCCGGAAAUUCCGGCAUUUAAACCGCUUCAUGAACAACUAAAUAAAAAAAAAAAAAUGUUAUCAACGUGUCUUGUCAUACUUUUCUGUAAAGUUAAACACAUAAAAGACUGUCACUGUGAAAAUGGUUGCAUCUUUAUUAUCCUCCCGGCAACAAUUUAGUGUCGUUUGUCAUUUCGCAAUGGCGCGCUGGCAUCUGAGAAUGCAUUGCGCAUCUCGUGUGCUGCGCAGGCAAAUUCUUAUUAUACUGUCCAGGGCUUGUGUUCAGUUGGCCAACCCGUAGUCUCAUCUUUUCCAACCUGACUUGAUUUGGACCAUCCUACUUCUUCUCCGGUAGGCGCCGCAAACCGUUAGCCGAGUAGGUCUCAGCAAGGGGUGCGGAGUAGUGGCAGAGACGAUACGGAGGGUGGAUUUCUGUAUCUCUUUGGCAAGCUCUCGCAGAGCUCCUGGUCGAAGGGUGAAUGAGGUUGAUGCUUCUCUGUUGUACCUGGAAGGACGAACGCAUGGGAGAGCAGGAAGCUGGUGGGAGCUUGCCUGUGUGUGCGGGAUGCCGACAGCGCAUCUACGAUGAGCAGUACCUCCAGGCCCUGAACACAGACUGGCACACCGUUUGCUUCAGGUGUUGUGAAUGCAGCACCUCCCUGUCCCACUGGUACUAUGAGAAGGAUGGUCGGCUCUUCUGCAAGAAGGACUACUGGGCCAAGUUCGGCGAGCUGUGCCACGGCUGCACGGAGCCCAUCAGCACAGGUCUCAUCAUGGUCGCGGGAGAGCAGAAGUAUCACCCCGAGUGUUUCACCUGCCUGAACUGUCGGAGCUUCAUCGGAGAUGGCGACACGUACGCCCUUGUGGAGAGGUCCAAGCUCUACUGUGGCCAUUGCUACUACCAGACCAUCGUCACCCCGGUGACGCUCCCUGACUCCCCGUGUUCAAAGAUCCCCCACACUGUGACCCUCGUGUCCAUCCCGGCGUCCACCGAUGGCAAGCGCGGCUUCUCCGUCGCCAUCGAUCAGAGCUCCAUUCCCAACAGCUUCGGCCCCGACCACAUCCCCACAGUGAGAGUUUCAGAAGUGGACCGAGAACUCAUAAGUCCUGAUGUGAAGAACGCCAUACAUGUUGGUGACAGGAUCCUCGAGAUUAAUGGAACCCCAAUCCGGAAUGUUCCUCUCGAUGAGAUUGACCUGCUGAUCCAGGAGACGAGUCGUCUGCUGCAGCUGACCAUUGAGCACGACCCCCAUGACCAUGGCGGGUCACAGGACCAUCUGGACGGGCCGAGCCCCCUGUCUCAGGUGUCCAGUCCCGUGUCCCCCAUCACUUCUCCCCCCAACCUCGAUGUCAACAACCUCCGCUCCCGCGUCAUCACGCGCAGCUACAGCAUUGACAAAUCCCCCUGCUCCAGCAACACGGCCUCGCCCAUGUCCCAGCGGAAGGACAUCGGGCGCUCAGAGUCCCUGCGCGUGGUGUCCAAUCACACGCACAGAAUCUUUCGACCCUCUGACCUCAUACACGGAGAGGUUCUGGGGGUGGGCUGCUUUGGUCAGGCUAUCAAGGUGACCCACAAGGAGACGGGGGAGGUGAUGGUGAUGAAGGAGCUGAUCCGCUUUGAUGACGAGACCCAGAGGACCUUCCUCAAGGAGGUGAAGGUGAUGCGCUGCCUGGAACACCCCAACGUGCUCAAGUUCAUCGGCGUGCUCUACAAAGACAAGCGGCUCAACUUCAUCGCAGAGUACAUCAAAGGAGGAACCCUGAGGGAGAUCAUUAAGAAAAUGGAUAGCAACUUUCCAUGGAACCAGCGAGUGAGUUUUGCAAAGGACAUUGCUUCAGGCAUGACCUACCUGCAUUCCAUGAACAUAAUCCACCGAGACCUGAACUCUCACAACUGCCUCGUUCGAGACAAUAACAGUGUAGUGGUGGCAGACUUUGGGCUCGCCAGGCUCAUGGUGGAGGACAAGAACCAGGGCAAGCUGCCGCUGGGCAACCCCCAGGGUCUGAAGAAACCUGACCGCAGGAAGAGGUACACGGUCGUGGGCAACCCCUACUGGAUGGCACCAGAGAUGAUCCAUGGGAAGAGUUACGACGAGAAAGUCGACAUCUUCUCUUUCGGGAUUAUGCUUUGUGAGAUCAUCGGGCGGGUCAACGCAGAUCCAGACUAUCUUCCCCGAGCGAUGGACUUCGGGCUGAACGUGAAAGGCUUCCUGGAACACUUCUGCCCUCCGGGGUGCCCGCCUCCUUUCUUCCCUAUUGCUGCUUUGUGCUGCGACCUGGAUGCAGAGAAAAGGCCAGCCUUUACUAAGUUGGAGGAGUGGCUGGAGAACCUGAAGUUGCACCUGGAAAUCCGCCUGCCGCUCGUCUCGGAGCUGGAGCAGCUCAGCCGGGACUUCUGGCAGAAGCACCCGCCCUCCGAGAACGGGCUGCACCCCCACCCAGAGCAGCCCGAGUAGUCCGCUCGGGAGUGGAGAGGAGCGGAGAGGAGAGGGUGGUGGUUCUGCUGAAGAUACCCCCCCCCCCCCCACUGGCAGAAAGCAGAGGAAGGCUAGCAUUCACCCUCCUCAACACUGGGCAGUGGUUCUGUUGGCGCACACACACACACACACACACACUCACACACACACACACACACACAUACAUACAUACACACACACACACACACACCCCUGCCUUUGCGGGUGUCCUGUGAGUAACUCUCCGUGGUUGGGAGCUCCGCAGUGGGCACAAAUGCCAACCGCUGUGGACUCAGGGAUGGAAAUCCAGCCAUGUCAUGUCCGGUGGCGCCGCCUGGAAGCGCCACUCCAGCUGCAGGCAUUCAUCUCCCCUCCCUUUCCCUCCCUUCCCUUCCCUUCCCUUCCGUGGUUCCUUAGGAAACACGUCUCAUUCACUUUCAUCGCUUCAGCCUGUUGAAUGUCCAGUCAUCGUUGACAGCCUCAACAUGGAAGAAUCGACCAUCGCCGUGCCGUGUGUGUUGUGACUCUAAAGGCUAAAAGCCAGUGAGAGAAAGUCAUUGUCUGAUCAUAAUCAAAGGUGACGUCUGCAUCUCGUCUUCUUAAAAGAACACAAUCUUCUCCAAGACAAAGGGGCAGCUUCAGGUGUAGAGUUUGAUUCUAUGUGAUGUCUCCAUAUAGCAAUUGUACCUUAGCGUUUACUGGUUUUACUUGGUUUGGACAUUGAAGCGUGAUUUUCUUUGAAAAACAUGUAAAAAACCCCCGUGGAAAGGCUAUAUAAUAUGAACUCCUCGAAUGAAAUGUCAUCACAAGUGAAUUCAACAAGGCAAGCUUUCGUUCUAUUGGCUUUAUUUCCCUGAAUAUCCCCUAGCCAGGCCUAGUGGUUACAGAAGCCACAAAACUGUCCGCUCAUGCUUAGCUUCAAGUGAGCGCUAAUAUUUGUUGUGCUACUAGUCUGAAAGCAAUGUAAUUGCAUACUCUGCUGCAAGGAGUUACCUCUCACAGCUGUAACUCUUGUCGUCUGCACCAGCUUGCUAGCAUUUAUAGUGAUGUCCAUAGUAUAACCCGGUGUUCAGUGAUGAAUAUAUCCUUUACUUUGCAGUGACAGCUUGCUUUUUCAAUGGACAACAGAUCUCUAUGACACAAAGAAGCACCAUCUAAACGAAUGAUACGCACGUUGUAAAUAACCAGUCUGUGCCCCCCCCCAGCCCCCGUCCUUGUUUGUUGACUAACCCUUGUGAUCUGAUCCUGCCACACGGGGGGAGCAUACUAACCCAUAGCUAAGAACAGCAUUCCCAACAUUCACGCUUUUGCCAUGAGACUCACACGUUCGCAGGCCAUUUCAGCCUCAGCCUCACUGCAGUUUUUCCCACUGACGUCAAUGCAUCCCACUAAGUCUGCGGAUGGCGCGCUGCUGUCUCGCACCAAGCCAGCCCUGAGACGCUGGCAGAGCUCCUAAGAGGGUACUGAGUAUGGGAAUCAUUUCCUCCACUAGUUGUGCAGCACUGAAAUCAUUAUGCCGUAAUGGUACAGUCAUCUAUGGUACAUCGUUUUUUUGUCAUUGACUUGGAGUACUUUUAAGUUUCAUCACUUGUAGACCAACUCUUAUCAAAUGUACAUAAUUAUUGAUAGUAUUUACUGUAAAUGUUUUAAAUAUUGUAUAUGUGUACAGACAUAUUUUGUAUACUGAUGCAGCAUUGCCAUAUUUUUAAUUGGCUACAUAUUAAAAUGAUAGACAUAGGUAGAGGAACGGGAAAUGCUCAACAGAACAGCCUGUAAAACACCUGCAAAAGGUUGGCAUGGCAACUGUGUGGCCCUUGGUUGACUUCCUCAUUUGGAAGGUGAAGAGGGCAUCAUGUGACUUGGUUGAGAAGACAUCUAAGGCCCCAUCCAUUCCCACCCUGUGCUUCUCAUGUGUGUUACAUUUGCUCCUUCCCGGGCACCAGAUCCAGUUAUGUUGUUUAAGGUCUGUCGGCAAGCCUCUACCUUUUUCUCGUGACCGUCUCUGUGGAGUAACUCCCUUGACCUAGCAAUCACGGUCAACUGCUCUUUGUAUUUUAAAACCAGCAAAAAAAGAGAGAAAAAAAUUACAUUCACAGAGGAAAAAUGCAAUCAUUCAUGUUUGGUGUGUGUGUGUGUGUGUUCAAUGGAUUGUUCUGUUACUCACUGAGACUUUGCCACCCUCUUGGCUUCUAAUUGUCACUAACGUGCUGUUGAGAGUUAUGCAGUCCCUCGGCAGACUGGUGUUGGAUCCAGAUUAGUAUUCAAGAGGCAACUUGUUUAUGUUUUACCACCCAGAGUCGAGCCGCCAUGUGGUUUGGCCUUAGCUCUUAGCCAUAGUCACUGGUGUGUGGCCGUGUCUCACCAACCUGUGGAACACUUCCUGUUUACACAAACCUGCUGGCUGUAAAUGUCUCUGUAUAUCUCUGUUUGAGAACAUGCCCAGCUUUCUUUCCUUCUCUCUCUCUCUCUCUCUUUCUCUCUCGCUCUUUCUCUCUCUCUCUUUCUCUCCGUCUCCUUUGGGGGGAGAUGAGAGCUGCAUGGUGCAUUGGCUAGGUGUUUAGUUUUUUGCUUUGAGAAAAAAAAAAACUUGAGCUAUUCUUGUAACUUUGAACAAAUAUUGUGAUUCGCGGGGAGAAUACAGUGGAGGAUGGCAGGAAAGCGUGUACAGACAGUGGAUGCCGGCUGACUGAUGCAGCCGGGGAAAACAAAGACACGGGCGAGUUGACACAGCAUCUCUUUUUUUGUAUAGAACCACUGAAAUCUUUUUGUAUAGAUUUUUAAGUAAUUUAAUUUGCACUAUGCUAGAAAAUGGCUGCCCUCAGGGCUAGUUUUGUCUCUUGGUUACUUUAAGGAGAAAAUAAAAAUGAAACUGCAUCGGUUCAUAUAUGAAUGCAAGUCACUGAAGGAGCCUUUGAAAUGUAAAGGGGAUCACUGGGAGCCUUUCCUCUUAGUAGCAAACUGAUUAAAAGUGUCUUUCUAAUCCUUCCUCACCGCAGUAUUGAAUCAGUCCUCUCUAGCAUUGCUGAAAUAUGCAUGUGCAUCUUCAUUAUUUUUUCACUUCAUGUCUUCAUGUAUAAGUAUAUAUAUAAGUUUUGUAAGUUAUCCCUUUAAGUAGGACUAGCUUCAUAUACAUGGAACAUACUGUAACAGUAUCUCUAUUUCUUUGCACUAGUUUUGUUGUAGUACAUUCUUGAAAUGAAAUGAGUAGUGCAAAUUAGAAAUCCACUUUCCAAACUGGACUAAUACCAUUCCAAAAACUCGUUGUUCCGGACGAUCCUUUAGUUGAAUGACCGAAACAUUGAUGAAGCACUAAGCAUAGCUUUACAUCAACUCGCAUCACCUUUGAAACAUAUCUUCCAAGUUUGCUACUAAGAAGAAGGUGGCCAUGGUUCCCUUGCAGUCUACAGAAAGAUCCUUUGUGAAAGAGGUUCUCGUUGUAAUGACCACUUCAUUCUACACUGUCCAAUGCCUUGAUGUUGGACUUCUGAUUAACCUGUAUUGUUAGAGCACUUACUCUACAUACCCCAUUCCAGAACUCUCCAUUGACAGUCCAGCUCAGGGCAAUGCUCUACUGGAGCUUGUGAUGCUUCUCUGAAUGCAAUGUUACUGCUUGGGAAAAAGUUAUGUUCACAGCUCAACGGUGCGCACAGCAAGCAUGCAAUUCUACAACGUUUAUCCAGUGAUGUCUCUACAGAUGAGAUCAGUUCCACUUGCAAAAUAAUCAGUGGGUAAAAUCACACUCCUAACUGUACGUCUGUGGUGGACUAUCUGUGAUGUUUUGGGCAUGAAUCCUGGUCAUCACAGUUUUGCAGACACUCAAGCCAAUUCUCAGCAUGUGCGGAUGUUGCAGCAGUACUUCUUUGCAAAGGAUCUAUACCUCUGAAAAUUGCUGUGCCUUUGUUUUAAGCUAGCCUUGCCAACGACUUGUAGCGUGUUUGAAAUGAUUUUUGUAAGAAAAAAAAAGAAAAACAGUGAAUAGAAAAGUCUGAUGAAUUUGACUUGAUUGCUGAUUGGUUUUUAUGAGAUACCCUCUUGUUCUCUAUAUUUAUAUUUUCCAUAUUUCCAUUGUCUGUUUUCUUUUGGUAUCUUUGGUUUAUGAUUUUAUUUGUUCUUUUAAUUUAAUUUUUUACACAAGCUGUGAAAAUAUCUGCACUUUAAUUCCGGUUGUGAACAUUGAGAAUCCAAGGAGACGACUGUAUUUCAUUGCAGCUGGAAUAAAAUUGCCGCUCCUUAACAAAAA